AUGCCCGGCGAGGAGAUGGACAUCAUGACAGAUUUUGGGCCCGCGGGGCUUACGGAGGACAUUGAUAUCGAUCUCGAUCUAGCUGCCGCUACCCAUCCGGACGAAGACCUCGAGCUCGACGACUUUGACCACUCAGCUGACCUCCAACUCUUCAAUUCUGAUGGCCGAGACGAACUCAUGGCUGAGGGCGAUGAUGCCUCCUACGGCAUGGUUGAUGCAGACGACGUCGAGCAUGCGGAGACGAUGGCCACGACUGACGACAUUGACAUCGACCUUGUCGCGGUCGAGAGCGAUCCCCUGUGGCAUGGCGAUGGCGCAGGCACAACAUCCACGUUACAAAUGGUGCAAGAGAUCGAUUUUGUGGAUGCGGACAAGGCCAGCGAAGGCAUACAAGAUGUAGUGCCCCAGCCUAUUUCAACCAACACGGGCGACAACCUAGCAGCUGAGGCAACAAUAAAUGGAUGGCAGGAUCACGAGGGCACGGCAACCACUUCGCAGCUGCCAAACGUCGAGAAUGAAGAAGCGGAGGACUACCAGCACGAUCCAGAAGCUACUGGCGACCGUGCGCCUGGCACAUCCGACCUCAACUCAUCAGAAGCCUCUGGCGAUGGGAGUUUAGCCACUGUUGUUCCUCAGAAAAACCCAGUCACUUUCGGCGAGAAGGGAUCUACGCCAAUCACCUCUACCGAGAACGCGGGUGAACAGACAGGCAGUGCUGAAAGUCCUGAUGUCAUUGUUGGUUCAAGCCUCGAUUACACUGAUAAGCCCGAGACGCAGCGGUCCGGCGAAGAUGGAGAGGAGGCGCAUCAUACAUCCAGUCAUGACGAUGAUGAUUACGAUACCGAACUUGCUGUGCCAGGAGAUUCCUCGAACCCCACUGAGCAGAUUUCUGACGUCCCUGACCUUGCAGCGGAUGAGGCUGAGAUAAACAUCAACGACACUGCACAGGCUGCAGUGGACCAUGUGGAAGGACUACAGCACGCUACAGAUUCCAUGACGGAUUUCGCCUCCUUAAAAGCGCCCGAGAAACCGGAUGACAUUGACAAUUUCGGGGGUGAUGAUGAAGCCGCGACACCCAACAACACUAAUUCUACCGACGCCGGCGUACGCAGCCAUGAGCAGGAGCAGCGCGAACCCCUCAGUGACAGAGACUAUGAAGGUCAAGAGGAGCAUGCUCCGGAGUUGCCCACUGACUUUGCUGUUGCCGAACUGCAUACUGAGCUCGGACAGAGUCUUGACAUGAUGAUCUCCCGCCAUCGACCUGUUAUCUCUUACAAACGGACGGAUUAUAGUCUCCUUGCCGAGUCUGAGAGCGAUGACCCGGAUAGUUAUUUCUUGAAGGAUAGCGCUGCUCUAGAUACACCGCUCGACCAGUUCCUCGCGGCUUUGCGACAGGUCAUCUCAGCAGAGAUAUCGCCCCUCGACGAGCUUGUGCUAUAUGUUGAUGGGCUUGGAUUGGAAUUUGCCGAGUCAUCCGCUCUGAGCUUGCUGAGCGAGCACACAUACAUGGAGCUUCUCCAGCUCUACGACCAGCUGACACACAACGACGGGGCUGAGACGGUGCCGCCUUUUUAUGCCUACCUGUCUGUCCGACCCAGUGGGGCGCAACGGCUCCUUGCGCUUCAAGAAAGUGCCAAGGCCGGCCAUGGUCUCUCACAGGUCGCCGUUUAUCGGGAGUUUACUCCUGAUGAAGAUCUGGAGGAGUUGCGAUCCCAAAGUGAUUUUGACCUUCCUUCCGAUCACCGGGAACAAGACGAUGAGGACGCAGAGUCUGAGCAUCAUGAUUCUCCGGUGGAACAUACACAUACAGAAGAGUCUUUUGUUGCACGUGAAAUGGAGCAUGCAGCACACACGGGCGAGUCGCCACGGAACGAUGCAGGAGAAGAACCCGAUGCGCCUGCCGAGGACAAUCCAAGCACGGAUGUGCAGCAGGUGCAGGAUGAGUUUGAUGACGAGCUGGAUUUGUCACCAACACACCAAGAUGACAUUGUCGUCGCCCUGCUGGACGACAACCACAGCACAACGGCUAAGGGUGAAGUCCAAGUUGAAAGCGACCACAUCGAUGAUCUAGCCAACGAAGCAUCAAGCCGGGAUGUUGAUGGUACACCGUCGGCUAACACGAGCGCAACGGUCACAGCUGAUGGUGGUGAGCAUGGUGAGCAUGAUGAGAUUGGUUACACCGACGACGAAGAUGAGGACGCCUCCCAAGACCAGCCAAACGGGACCAAUUCCGCAGAGGCGGAAGUCAGUCUGAGCUUGCUCGAAGUGCCGCCGCCACCACCACCACCAGACGAUGAGAUCACGUGGGAGUCUGAUCAUGAAGAGGAGGCUGUCGACGAGGGCAAGUCCGGUCCGGUACAAGUGUCACCGGUAGCUGGCAAGCGCACAAGAUCGGAUUCGAUCGACGUCGCUGACACGAACGAACAGAACGAUGUCAAGCGACAGCGCUCUUGA